UCAUACAUCAUACUGAUAUACUAAUAUAAACUUUUUCAACAUACGACAUAUCAACAUACCAAUAUUCACUAUACCAGCAUCCCGGCAUACACUAUAUCAACAUACAUCACACGUACUUACAAAAUACCAACAAACAAUACACCCAAACACCAUCACAUCCAAAAGCCCUCAAACCCAACCCACUUCCACCCACUUCCACCCACUUCCACCAACUACCCCCAACUACCCCCAACUACCUCCAAAAUGACAAACCCAAAUCACGAACUCAAAGAACUAAAAAAAAUCCUCACCUCCACACAAACCCAACUACGCGAACUAAUCCAGCGUCACAAUUCCCAAAUGAAGCAACUCCGCACCCAAAAGAAAACCCUCCAAUCACACAUUACGGAACUCGAAGAUGAACUUGCAGAAAGUAGAGCUGAUAAUGAUGGUUUGGUACUGCGGUGUGAAGAACUAGAGUAUAAGAAUUGGAGUAUUUUCCAUUCGGGGGAUGUGAUUUUUGAUGAGAAUUAUGUGCUUAGGGUUGAGAGGGAGGGGUUGGUUGCAGAGAGGAGGGAUUUAAUUGAGGAGAAGAGGAGGUUGGUUGAGGAGAAGGAAUGCUUGGUUGAAGAGAAGGAAGUUUUGGUUGUUGAGAAGGAAGUUUUGGUUGUUGAGAAGGAAGUUUUGGUUGUUGAGAAGGAACGGUUGGUCGAGGAGAAAGAACAAUUACUUCUCGAAAACCAAGAACUCGAAAAUUCUCUUGAUCAAGCCAAAAACGAAAAAUCAGAAGCCAAAAAAUCUGCAAAGAAGCAUGAAACAAUAAACAUAACCUUAACCAAAGAACUCAAAUCACGAGGAAAGAAAUACUUAGCUCAAAAACAAGAAUGGAGAAUACAAAAACAGGAAUUCAUCACACAGAAAACAGAAUGGGAAACAGAGAAAAAUGAAUUCAUUGCAGAGAAACAGGAAUGGGAAAGUUAUGAAGAUAAGUUGAGAGCGGUGGUCGCUUCUUUGGAUAAAAAGGGUUGGGAUUUAUUGACUACUUUGUUUGCUUUUGGGAAGAGUGAUGAUAAGGUUUGGGUUGGUAAGAUGGAUGAGAAGAUUGUGGGGAUGGUGGGAGAGUCGGGCGAGAUGCUUGAGAUGAUUUUUGAGAGACGUGGGGGAAUGAGGAGGUGUUUGUUGGAUGAGGUGGUUUGGGAGGCUGAGGAUGAGCAGGUUGGUCCUGAGGAUGAACAGACUCAUGGUGUGAAUGGAGAUCUUAUGAUGGCGGGUAGUGAGGAGGAUCUUUAGGGGUAGGUUUGCUGGUCUGGCAGCAAUCUAAACUUUUUUUUAAAAUAUAGCAUCGGGACUACCCCUUGUAAGUAGUCAUCAGAUUUAAUCUGCUGUUCCAAAUUUAUAUAUUUGUUUUAUCCUUUGUGGCAAUAAGUCUGAAGUAGAUGUAUCCGAGUAGUCUCGAGUAAAGAUAAUGUUGAGCAACUUCCAUUUCACGAAUGAUAACUGUCAAUGAUAGUAUACCAUUUGACAUGCGAGUUUCCACCUUUCAAUAUUUAUUGUCCACUUGGGCCAAUGAUUAUGAACAUGACUCUGUGUGCAAUUGUCACAGUAUUUACAUGAAGCCUUGAAUUUCGACUGCAUUACUUCAUCCUCAGCACUUGGGAGAUAUGUGAUGAAGAAAAGGGCUGUUUGCCAAACCAAACCUCUUCUUCAAAAUAAUGAUAUUGGUAGAUGGAUAUAUAUGGGGUCAAGUGCAUCACUGGCUUACACACAAUUCCGGUAUAUAACUUAGCACCAAUCCAGUGGAUCUUAACAUUUUAUGAGUUUCAGGAAGUCUGUGGGAAGAAGCCACCUGGCUUGAAACGAAAAUAACUAAAGUGGUCAUCGAGACGCGAAUGAACCAAUGGAAGAGAUGAUAAAAUCUGCUUGAUUCAAAAGUCUGAUAGGUCGAACUUUGGAAGUAAAAGCUUUUGUUGCACAUCUUA